AUGGACGACCCUCUCCCAAAGGACCUCCGCCUACUAACACUCAACUGCUGGGGCCUGAAAUACAUCUCCAAGCUCCGCCCGCAGCGCCUCGCAGAAAUCGGCCGCCGCAUCGCCGCCCUCCCGGACCCGCCCCACGUCGUCGCUCUCCAAGAGUGCUGGGUCACCUCCGACUACGACGCCAUCCGCGCCGAGACCGCCGCCGUCCUGCCCCACGGCAAGUUCUACUACUCGGGCCCCUUUGGCGGCGGCCUCGCCGUCCUAUCCCGCUGGCCCAUCGACGAGAGCUCCAUGCGCGCGUACCCCCUCAACGGCAGACCCACGGCCUUUUGGCGAGGCGACUGGUACGUCGGCAAGGGCAUCGCCUGCGCCCGCAUCCCCGUCCGCCUCGCCGGCGCAGACGGCGGCCCCGGCAGAGACCACGCCCUGAGCAUCUUCAACACCCACACACACGCGCCCUACACCGAAAACCAACCGGGCGACACCUACCUCGCCCACCGCCUCGCCCAGUCCUGGGAAAUGUCCAAACUCCUCCGCGCCGCAACCCAGCGCGGCGACCUCGCCCUCGCCAUGGGCGACUUCAACAUGCGACCCCUAUCCCUCCCGCACCGCAUCAUCACAGCCCACGCACCCGUCCACGACGUCUGGCGCGUCCUCCACCCAGACUCGUCUCUCGGCGCCGCAGACGAUCCCUUGGAAAAAGCCCGCGGUAGACCCGUUCCCUCGGCUGACUUCAAUCUGCGUGAAAACGGCGCCACCUCGGACCACGUCUACAACACCUGGCGCUGGUCCAAGGAGCAGCAGAAGAAACUCGGCGAGGGGAAAGAACCCGUCGUCAUACCGCCAGACACGCCCGACAGAAAAGGGAAACGCCUGGAUUACAUCUUCUUCGGUUCCGGUAGAGGAGGAGGAGGUGGUGGUGGCGGUGACGACGGCGGCAGCGACUGGGUCGUCCGCAGCGCCAAAGUCGGCAUGGUCGAGCCGCAUCCCACCCUCGGCUGCUCCCUAAGCGACCACUUCGCCGUCGAGGCAACACUGGCAUACCAGACACCACACCAUCGCCGCCAAGGCCUCGACGCAACGGAAAACGAUAACGAGACGUCCUACCUCCAGGACGCCUCAGCCAGCUCCCACCGCGACUCCUUCACGUCCGAGAACCCCCCUAUCUCCGAAGUGCCAGGCAAAGGUCUUCCGGUGCCAGUCUACGACGAGAUUCUCUCUGUGACACGUCAGUACAUCCACCGGGAAGAGAAUCAACGGCGCUGGCGGGGGUUACACUUUUUGGCAUGGUUUGCCGUCCUGAUAGCGUGCCUUAUAGCUGUGUGGUUCAGCCCACACAACUUUGUUGCCUUUGUUCUCAUGCUCCUGAGCAGUCUCGGACUGGUUGCUGGUGUUGUUGACGGUCUCAUGUCACUCCUCUUCUUCAACUCAGAACUCAGAGCCUUGAAGGAGUUUGAAUGGGAAAUCACAAACGCCAAAAGGCAUGCGCGAGGUUCUAUUUCAGAGGAGACAGUAAAGAGAGAAAAGUCUUUCUAA